GUCGCGUGAAGUUCCCCUCGCCGGCCACCGUCCACUGAACACUCACGACAAUGCCUGCGAUUCCUGAGGAAUUCACGACGCUACUCUCAGAUCUAGAAUAUUUUCUGUGUGAUGGAUUAAAAGGGGAAAAUCUAAGCAAGAAGGCAAAAGAGAAGAGGGAUGCCUUCAUCAAGCGGAUUAAAGAGGUCAAAUUGGGUUUCCCACAUGAUUUCAAGGACAAAAGUGGAGAUGACUCCGAUGAUGACGAGGAAGUUGACAGCAACAACGACGGAGGGUCGCUGCAGUCGGAGCGCGCGGACAAGGAUGAAGAGGCGUUUGAAGGUGCUCAUCAGUCUCCACCUGUGGCGGCUCAGGACCUGACAUCGGUCUUUAAAGCGGGAUACCUUGAGAAGCGCAGAAAGGAUCAUAGUUUUUUUGGCACCGAGUGGCAGAAGAGAUGGUGCGCUCUCAGUCAUCACGUCUUCUACUAUUAUGGCAACGAAAAAGACAAGCAGCAGAAGGGGGAGUUCAGUAUCGACGGGUACACGGUCAAAAUGAACAGCACCUUACGGAAAGACUCCAAGAAAGACUGCUGUUUCGAAAUAACGGCUCCAGACAAGCGAGUCUAUCAGUUCUGUGCGUCAUCGACGAGAGAGGCGGAGGAAUGGGUGAAACGGAUAGACUUUGUCUUGAGAGAUAUAACGGGCAUCAUCCCAGAAGAUGAAGAGGAGGACCAGGAAGUGUACGACGAUGUUGGACCCAUAGAAGAUAUAGCUGAGUCUGAGCUGAUCGACGAAGACAUCUAUGAAGAGCUCCCAGAGGAGGACCCGCCCACUCCAGCAAAGCCUCCUCCAAAGUGCGAGCCAGCCAGUAAACCUGCUUCUCCUGCUCCAGUUGAUAAAAGCACAGACUACCCCAACUUCUACCAGGGCCUGUGGGACUGUGCCGGGGACCACCCGGAUGAGUUGUCCUUCAAGCGUGGAGAUGCCAUCUACAUACUGAGCAAGGAGUACCAGGGCUUCGGCUGGUGGGUCGGAGAGAAGAGUGGAGCGGUAGGAAUCGUCCCCAAAGACUUUCUGCUGGAGCUGUACGCGCUUUAGGGACUCCUCAUGAUUAUUCCCUCCCAUAUCAACUGUAGGAGACUGAUGGUUGGAGGAAAUGAUUUGCAUAUGACUCAAAUACAUAUUUAAGAGUAUUUGUAUACAAUAUCUACAUGUUGCGCCACUCAUUUGUAUUUAAUUCCGAUCUAAGAUGCAGUUUAUCUACAAUUUCAUGCACUGCUUUUGGCAUAUUAGAAAUUUUGCAAAUGGUGAGAUUAAUAAAGAUUCAAACAUA